AUUUUACUAGUUCGGUGCAAGUUUAAUCUACUAAAUGGACUAAAUUAUUUUUGUUGUUGUUUAAAGCAAACUGUGCUGAAUGGAGUAGUACUAUAGGAAGGAUAAAAUCAUUAACUGGAUAAAAAAAUAAUUUGAAUAAUUUCCGGAUAUAAAUACAAACUGAGCCAUAAUUUUACGAAAGUGUUUUUGCAAAGUUUGGAAUAAAGCGGAAUCGAUAUUCAACUAGGUUCUGUAACAUAUAAUUGAGAAUGCAUUUGCUUGAUGUGUUGAAAAUAGUGUCAGUAUCUGUUUGUGUAUAUGGUCACAAGUACAUGAGUGAACAUAUACCAAAUGGCGACAGAGUACCCCAUCCUUGUGGACAGGGUUAUAUAUGGGAAGGAGUAGGGCACCAUUAUCCUGGCGGAGCAAAGGGAACUGGUGGAAUAAGAAACAGAUUUGGCAUUGAUUUUAAACUCGCUAGUUUGAAAUGGACAGAGGAGUUAUGUAAAAAAGAUUCUGAUAUGGACGGACAAUCAAAUGGCCAAGAACUAGGUGAUCCUGAUUGUAACUGGAAACCUGGAGAUGUUCCCAAAAUGGAAGCCAAAUCUCAUCCAGGGAUAUGUGAUCCUAUUGACGAUGAAACAUGUAUUGCAUUAAAUGAGAGAUUUGGAGAUCGACUGGACUGCAGUAGGAUAGAUAAGCCUUGUCCUGCGUUAUCUGAACCGGGCAUGAAGAAAAAAGACUUACGAUUUCCACAGACGCCUAUCCCAGGUGUUGAUACUUCAUACACUUGUAUGGUAUACGACCUGCCAACAGAUGGGGACUUCCACUUGGCAUCGACCACACCAAUAAUUAACAACACAGAUAUUGUUCAUCAUAUGAUUUUGUUCGGCUGUGACUUUCCAGAAAAUUUUAACAAAAGCGUUAUGUACAGAAUGAAAAGUGAGUUUAUUUUUAAUAAACAUGUAAAUAUUGUAAUUCAGAUUCAUUGGAAUAAUCCACGAAAGUUACUCGGACAGACGGACAGUUCCGGUAUGACGAUUCAUUAUACUGCUAACCGAAGACCAAACGAUGCGUCUAUGUUCAUACUUGGUCAGGAAUAUAUAGAGAUACCCCCGAGUUCAAGUGGGGUGACCUUCAAAGCCACAUGUCCGUCUCAGUGUACGAGUGAAAUAUUCAAGGAGAAAAUUUACAUAACGCGUGCGGCUAAUCACAUGCACUACUAUGGUAAAAGACAACGAAUAAGCAUAUAUAGAAAUGGGACAAAAAUAAGAGAUCUUACUGAUGAGAAAAAUUAUAACUAUGAUCAUCCAAAAUUUCACCAUUUUAAUCCACCAGUCGAGAUCCACCCUGGAGACGAUAUAGUUACAGAAUGCACGUACAAAUCCGACAAAGAUAAAACAAUUAAAUUCGGCGCUGCAACGAGUGACGAAAUGUGCUAUGGAUUUUUAACAUACUAUCCACGGCAAAAUUUUAUGCAAACAUUGUGUAUUCAGUGGAAAAGUAUACAGCGUUGCGUUCGUAAACUUCCAAAGUUUGGUGGAGUUUACGAUGGUUGUGAGUGGAGAAGCUUCACAGAGGGCUCAAACAAAGCUGUGUUAGCUCAAGGUUUUUCUAAAGACAUCUGUGGCUAUUACAAUCAAAAUAAGCAGUGUAAUUCUAAUUGCACAGACUUUUCUCAGAAGAUUUUACAACAUCCGUGCCUUAAAGGAGACCUAGGAGAUUUUAUUGGAGUUCGCACAAAGACACCAAUAGAUAUUCUACGUACGUGUGCUGAAGUGACUUUUAAUAGAGCGGAAAGUGUUACAUUUACGGCAAUAACAUUUGGUGCUAGUUUGUGUAUUCAUUUUUUACAUUUUGUGUACAGGGUUAGGUGACGGAUUUUUUUACAAAAACCAUCAUAUAUGUCUUUAUAUUUGUGAAUGUUAGUAAUUGUGGCGUGUUGUACAUUUGACCGUCUUCUGUACAGGAAUAAAAUUCCUUUAUAAGCAUUAUAUAAAUAUAUAAACGCCAAAUGUAAUAUUAUUAAUAUCAGUUGUACAUUCUGAGCAUAUCUCUUUUAGUUGCUUUUUUUAAUUCAAUACAAGGGCAAACUGUCCUCCUCAGGAACUAAAAUAUGGAACAAAGAUAGAAUGAUGUAAUUGUCCCGUUUCGAAAUGUUUGUCAAGAAUAAUGCUUAUUUGUUUAAGGAGUUGUAUAUUUCACCUGCAGGGGUAUGUCUCAUCUCUAAAAAUUAUUUUACUGAGGAAAAUAUGAUCUAAGUUUCUUAACCAAUCUUUAUCUUUUAAAUAUAGUAUGUCGAGUUUUUGUGUACGAAUUAAUUAGUAUUUUUGUGUGUUAAUGUUGUUUUUAUAAUUAAAUACUCAGGAAUAUCUUAUUUUCACAACUUUGUCAAUACCACAUCCACAUAUGCUGACAAGGGAUUAAAUUUUACUGCAUACUUUUUACUUUGUUUUUAUUUUAAGUACACAUGUAUCAGCAUUUAUACUGUAUCAUUAUGUAAUAAACAUGAUUUAUUCGAUUUAUACGUUUGUCUGUUUAUAUCCAGA